AUGGACCCCGUCGUCAAUUCAACAGAAUUCUGCGACUGGCGAGUGCAAAGCCAAGGGAACUGUGAAGGCGUGACCUACGUCUCGUUCCUCUACACGACCCACAUCAUCUCGUCCUUCCUCUUCCUCUUCAUCUCCGUCGGUAUUCUCAUCCACAACAUCUGGUGGAAAGGUCAAAAGAUCUGGGAGUUUUCCAGGAACGAUCGCGCUUUCCGCCCUCGACCUACUGAAGGAUUCGUCUUUUGGUGCACCGGAUAUUUCUUCUUCCGUUGUGUGUUGUCUGUCUUGCUCCUGGCUGGUGUCAACGAGGGCAAACGAGGUCUCCUCGAGAAUUUUGCCGAUUUGCCAUGGGUAUUUGUCUCGGGGGCAAUGGGCUUCUACUUAGUCGGGAUCAUCUACGCCACGCCAGCAUCCUUCUCGACUCACAACGGUUUCUCGUCUAAAAAGCGUCGCUCAAACGACCUCAACAACAACACUAACAACUACAACAACGCCCACGAUCUACACAACUCGGGUCGGUUCUCGUCCAUGAUGGAACCCAAGCGGGUUUACCUGCCUUCACCCAUGGUCUUGAAUUUCACGCUGUUAGGAUUGACGAUUAUCCCGUUGAUCACGAACCAGAUCUUGGCUUCGUUCGCUGGUGCGGCAUUUGACCGUGAUGAACUGGACCUGUAUAAUUCGUUUAUUUGUGCGAUGUAUGGUGUUUGGGCCUUUGUUGCUGCUGUUAUCUUUGUUCUUUACAUCUUCUUUGGAAAGCAACUGCUGACGAUUAUCUCGUCCAACAUGGCAUCGAUCAACGACAACGUCGGCCGGGUCUCGUCACGGAUCGGCGCCGACUCGGAGUACACCGACCGGGACGACAGCGAGCGGCAGCUAAACACCCUCAAAUCGACCUACCAGCGGAUGAAGGCGAUUCUGAUCCUGUGCGGGUCCUUGUCGGCGAUCAUGGGUGUUGCUCUGGGAUGUUCGCUUAUCUUUAUCCUCUUCCGAAAGGCAUAA